UCGUUUUAGGAGCAGCCAAUGAGCGGGGCGCUUCUUAUCGCGCCCUGAAACUCUCACGGCCGCCAUGAUGCUUGUUUGCCUUCAGUGAGAAAGAGCAGCGGAUCAGAAACAAAGGAAACGCGCACUCGUCUUUGUGAACUGGUAUGAGCUUACAGUGUUACAGGGAUGCCCAAGGAAAAAUAUGAUCCGCCUGACCCAAGGCGGAUGUACACAAUUAUGUCCAGUGAGGAGGCGGCCAAUGGGAAGAAGUCAUAUUGGGCAGAGCUGGAGAUUGUUGGAAAAGUGAGGAGUUUGAGUUCAUCAUUAUGGUCCCUUACCCACCUCACUGCUCUUCAUAUCAGUGAUAACUCACUUUCGCGAAUCCCGCCCGACAUUGCCAAACUACACAACUUGGUGUACCUGGACCUCUCGUCCAAUAAGAUCAGGAGCCUGCCUGCCGAGCUAGGCAACAUGGUAUCUCUCAGGGAACUGCUUUUAAAUAACAACCAGUUACGAGUUCUGCCUUUUGAGCUUGGAAAACUCUUUCAGUUACAAACGCUGGGUUUGAAAGGAAACCCUCUUGCACAAGAAAUCUUGAACCUCUACCAAGAGCCUGAUGGGACACGUCGGCUCCUCAACUACCUGCUGGACAAUCUUGCAGGCACCAAACGUGUAUCUAUAGAACAGCCACCACCUCGCUCAUGGAUACCACUGCAGGAGCCAGACAGAACACGGCCAGCAGCACUUUUCUCUGUGAUGUGCUACAACGUGCUUUGUGAUAAGUACGCCACACGUCAGCUCUAUGGCUACUGUCCCUCCUGGGCCCUCAACUGGGACUACAGGAAGAAGUCCAUCAUGCAGGAGAUCCUCAACUGCAGUGCGGACAUCAUCAGCCUACAGGAAGUGGAGACAGAGCAGUACUACAACUAUUUCUUGGUAGAGCUCAAGGAACAUGGUUACGAAGGAUUCUUCAGCCCUAAGUCCCGAGCAAGGACUAUGUCUGAAUCUGACCGCAAACAUGUGGACGGCUGUGCCGUUUUCUACAAAACAGAGAAGUUCAGUCUGGUACAGAAACAUACAGUGGAGUUCAACCAGCUGGCUAUGGCAAACUCAGAGGGCUCAGAGGCCAUGUUGAACAGGGUGAUGACCAAGGACAACAUCGGAGUGGCUGUACUACUAGAGCUGCGGAAAGAGAUGAUGGAGCAAUCUGCUGGAAAGCCUCUGCAUGGCAUGGAGAAACAGCUCCUUCUGGUGGCCAAUGCUCAUAUGCACUGGGACCCCGAGUACUCGGAUGUGAAGCUUGUCCAGACCAUGAUGUUCCUGUCUGAAGUGAAGAAUAUUGUGGAUAAGGCCACUCGCAGUCUGAAGCUCUCCUCAGUUUCUGGGGAAACCAAUGCCAUCCCUCUCGUCUUGUGCGCUGACCUCAACUCUCUGCCUGACUCGGGUGUGGUGGAGUACCUGAGCACAGGUGGUGUGGACAGCACCCACAAGGACUUUAAAGAGCUGCGAUACAUUGACAGCUUGACCAACUUCAACUGCAAUGGCAAGAACGGCACCUCCAGCACCAGGAUCACGCACGGCUUCAAGCUAAAGAGUGCCUAUGAGAAUGGCCUGAUGCCUUUCACCAACUACACCUUUGACUUUAAGGGCAUCAUUGACUACAUCUUCUACUCUCAACCUUUGCUCAACGUGCUGGGUGUACUGGGUCCCCUGGACCCCCACUGGCUCCACGAGAACAAUAUCACUGGCUGCCCCCAUCCCCACAUCCCCUCUGAUCACUUCUCCCUGUUUGCACAACUGGAGCUGCUCCUGCCCUACCCGCCUGCUGUCAACGGCAUUCAUCUGCCUGGUCGCAGGUAGUUCUCCGAGCCAGCAGGGGGAGCUCCGGGCCCCUACCUCCUUUUGCUCUCAUGGUGGAGAGAGAACGAGGCAAGGGCUGUUGUGUAUAAAUCUGAAUCUCUUAUGAGGAGAUGGGGUAUGGCAAACUUUUAUUCCCACGGAUUUUAACUGAAUCAGACGCUUUUGUCAGUCUUAUCUAUACCACCUCCCUCCCACUUUUUCUUAUUUUGUUUCGUUUUUCAUUUUCUCCCUCCGUUUCUGGGCACAAGUUAAUAUUCUGUACUUUUUUCGAAACCCCAAGGGCCCCGAGUGAUCAUGUAAGUUUUACCUUGAGACAGGAAAAAAAGCUUUUUUUAUAUAAAUAACUAAAUGGCAAUAUCUUUGAAACACGUGCAGGGAGUCCAGCUCAAGCGAAAUAUCAUGAAAUGCAUAAUUUGGAUCAUGCUAUUAUAAGGCCAGUUUAGAGCGAGCAGCUGAAUUUGAUGACAGAAAAACCUUUCACCAGCUUAGGUCAGAGAGUCCGAUCUCCAGGAGCAACCCUUUAAAAAAAGGGCUUUUAAUGUGUAAAGAGAGCUGGCCGAACUCAUAUAUUUGCACUCGAUGGUGCUGAGGCCUCUCCACGGACGCUCUGCCUCGCGCUCUAGCUGUACACCAGUGACGGGUUUGCGCGGCCCACCAUCACCUACUGGGCCUUUGCCCGUCUCAUAAUUAAGUCCAUUGGAUGCCAGUGCAAUUGAUGUACCUUUUUUUUUUUUUUAAUUAUUCUUCAUGCUUUAAGAAAGCAACAUUUCAAGAGCCAAAAUGGCCUACUUAUGAAGUUUUCAAGCUUCAUGUGCCAUAGAGGUGCCCGCAGAUCUGGUGCGUACAGCCGAGCAAGAGUUUCAAUAAAGGGAAAUCAUCCGGAAACGGCCAGCUGUGUUUUAGCAAAUGCCAGUGCCCGUAGCCUUUGCACCUGAGGAAGUUUGGCAGGAGAUCACGUUAAGAUGCGGAGAGUAUGCUAGAAUGGGCAAAGACAAGCACGUCCCACUCAUAGACGGAUAAAUUAGACCCUCAAUUUCACCAGUAGACGCUUCGCCCAGCCAAGACUCCAGUUCACUCCUAAUUUUCUUCUUUUUAAGGUUUUUUUUUUUUUUUUUUUUCUCUACAUGAUUGUAUACAAGCAACAAAAGUCCUGAUCUACUGCAUCUAUUUUUUCUUUUUUUUUUUUUUUUUUUUUUUUUUUUUUUUUGUACGUACACUUAGAUUUGGAUGAAAAAUGAUUGUAUUGUAAAUGAAAGCGAAAUUUCUAUCAGUUUUAGAUGUUCAUCCUAAUGAACAUUCAAAAGACCAGCGUGUGUAAAAUAAUUUUUUUCAGGUAUCUGCUGUGUAAAGUUGCACUUGUCCAGGUUCCCGUUUUUACCCAGUGUACCAGUUUUUUUUUUUAUUAUUAUUAUUAUUAUUAUUUUGGAUAUAUAAUUCCACUGAGGCAGAUAUCUGGUGAUGUGGUCCUGUUACCCGCUUUGUUAUUCAAGAACACAUGACAUUGUGCCUCACUGAUUCGUUUCUCUAAGCGCACUGCCAGUGCUAUCAGUGAACACCUGAACAGCCUCAAUCUACUUAUACAAUAUCCUCAUUUCUGUUGGGUUUUUUUGUAUUCGCAAGUGAACAUCUUAUUCCUCUAAUCUUUUUUGGGUGUCUACAAUGUCAAGUAAAGUGAGUGUUUCUGCUGUGCCGAUCUGCGCUCAUGAUCACGUAGUCCCACCAUUCCUCAAUUUUGUUUUUCCUCCUUCCAUUUGCAUUCUCUAUUUACUGCCACUUCCUCCCUCUCAACUCAGGCAAUUCACUUUCACCGUAUAUUUUGCUUGUGCGUUUCUCUAUUUGUUCGGAUCUCGUUCUGUAUUUCACUUCCUGCUAGACCACGGUUAUCUCCUCGUGUCGUGCCAUCCAAUGCAUUCUGCCACAAGGCCAAGUGUAAAGCUCGAUUUACUACUGUAAAGCCUGUUCUCUGACCUGAUGAAAACAUACAUGGUGAUUUUUGUCUGUUUUCUGCUCUAAACACAAGGCCAGAGUACUCUUCCUGUAGCGUGGUCUGAUUUUUAACUUCGUCUACGGUGGCAUUUAUUGCUCUCAAAGCCAAUUUGUUUUUCGUUUUCCACUCCCUCUCAAGUUUGUCAUGUUUUAAAAAUCGAAUUGAUUGACAAGCACUUAUUGUAGAUCACUGGUGCAGCUACUCAUUGCUUUUUUAAAAAAAAAAAAAAAAAAAAAAUGAAAAUAUACUUUUGCCAUGAGGGCAGAGGUCAAUUUUAAUGACUUUUAUCAAGCAAGAGUAAAUAGAUGAACUGGGGAGGACCAUCUUAUAGUUCCCCUUUUUGGUGUCCCUUUUUAUUCCUCGCAUUAUCUGUCUUUUUUUUUUUUUUUUUUCUGGUUGUUUUUUUUAAUUGAAAGCAACUUGUCUGGUUAUAUUGGAUUGCUGAUGGUGUUGUAGUAAAAAGAUUUUUGUAAAGUGUGAAUAAAUAAUGUAUCACGUUUCCUUUCUUUGACAUGAAUUGUGUUGAUGUGUGUAUUAUAUCUAAUAGUUUUGUCAUUUUCAUUUUGCUUUUGUUUUGUAAUACUCAAAACCAAAUUUUUUGUAAAAAUGUUGGCACACUGAAUUAUAGAUUUAUAUUGUUGCUAACCUUCACUUCAAGAAACUUUUGAGAAAAAAAUACGUCAAUGAAAUCGUCACAGAGAAAUAAAGAGCUGUCAUUUUGUCACCAAACAAUUUCAACUUUGACCCUGAGCUUUAUGUGGCAUUUCACCUGGUUUGAGGGCCAGUUAGUUUAAAGCGUGCGUGUGUUUGGGUUGUGGUAAGCAUAGCAGACACUUCUCUCUUUCUCCUUUUUUUUUUUUUUUUUUUUUUUUGUUCUCCUCCCCUCCCUAUUUUUUAGGUGUUUUCUUGCUAUUGCUCUCCAGAAGAAAGUAAGUUUAAGGGUAGGAUGAGAUUUGAUUUUUUUUUUUUUUUUUUUUCUUGUUCUGUGCACAACUUGGUGUCAUUGACCUCUGAAAAACAGUCACUUCAAAUAAAUUGAGCAUGUUUAGAUAUUGUUGCAAUUACCAUAUUGUUCAGAUAUAAUCUAUUUUUUUUUUUUUUUUUUUUUUUUUUUUUUUUUUUUGGGUCAAAGACGAUAGUUUCAGGUGGUGUCUUGUGCACGACAAGCAAAAACAACACAAUGCUAAUCAUGUCAACAUUCUCAACUUGGCAAUAAUUACUUGCAUCCAUUUCUACCCCCUUUUUUCAGAUCAACUUGAGCAGAUGUUUCUGGCUUUACCAUAGAAAUCCUUUUCAUUUUCUUUUCCUGUUUCAUAGUCAACUUUUCUCUGUCAGUAGGGGUAGUAGUUCAAUGGUCAGGAUUGUGGUUGAAUCAGCUGAGAGUCAAUAAGUAUUUAGGUAAUGUCACUAUAUAAUGCACUGGACCAACUCUUGUUUACCAUUUAUGGAAUACCAGCAUAACACUUGCACAAUGUUUCAAAUAAGAAUGUUGCAUAUAUAUAUAAAUAAAUAAAAAUAUAUAUGGUAAAAGAAUAUAGAUAUUUAAUGAAAAAAAAAAAAUCAAAUAAUGGCAGCUGUUUUUAAUUCAAUAUUAAGUGUUGGGGAUAAAAACCUAAUGGUAAACAAGGCGUUUUGGAUUUCACUGUUUCUCCAGUUCUCUUGGUUCUCUGAGUAGUGAUGUGUUUAUAACAGGGUCAGCUUGUUUCCUUUACACCUAUGUAUUUUUUUCCUACUCAUGGUUAAAUAAAUUCUAUAUCUGUUUCA